AUGACUAUACAUGCUAUUAAAGACGACCAGGCGCUUGCAGACCCACAUUUGCUAGAGAAAAUCGACAAACUCUUCGCAUGCAAUGUGGGCGACUAUAUCAAUCUUCCUCAGCUGGUUGUGGUCGGAGAUCAAUCGAGUGGCAAGAGCUCAGUUCUUGAAGGGCUUACUAGGCUGGCUUUCCCCCGAGAUAGCGGUCUGUGUACACGAUUUGCCACGCAAAUUAUAUUUCGUCGGACCGAGGACGAUGAAAGAAGAAUUACCGCAUCCAUCAUUCCUGGAUCCGAUGUGGAAACUACACAUGCGUCCCAGUUGAAAAACUGGAAGGCAGAUAAUAUACAGUUCCUGGCUGUAGAAUCAUUCUCAAGGACUAUGGCAGAAGUUCACACGGUGAUGGGGCUCUCGAUAUCGAAAGACGACGGUUUGCCUACCUUCUCAAGUAGCGUCCUGAGACUGGAGAUUUGCGGUCCAAAGGAGGAUCAUCUCAGUGUGAUCGAUGUGCCUGGUAUCUUCCGGAACGCGACACCGGGAUUGACGACAAGAAAUGACAAGGUUUUGGUCCGAGACAUGGUUCAGGGAUAUAUGAGGAACCCUCGGUCGAUAAUGCUCACAGUUGUACCAGCAAAUGUUGAUAUUGCGACUCAAGAAAUUGUUGAAAUGGCUCGUGAGUUUGAUCCGGAUGGUGAUAGGACACUUGGCGUUAUCACCAAGCCAGAUCUAGUCGACAAAGGCGGAGAGGGUAAACUGGGAUGGAUUAUCGUAAGAAACCUAGGACAAAAGGAGCUCGAAGAAGGCGAUGUGGAUCGGAAUGUAUUGGAAGCGGAGCUUCUUUCCCGACGCCCCUGGGAUACCGUCCCGCGAGACAAGUUUGGUAUCAAGGCGUUGCGUACUCACCUUCAAGAGACAGUAACUGCAAACGCACGACGAUCUUUUCCAUCUGUACGAUCUGAGAUAAGCAAGAAACUACGAGAAUGUCAAGAUGCCCUGCAGGCUCUUGGAGCAGAUCGAGAAACCCCGGAGCAGCAAGCCAGUUUCCUUUUUGGAAUAGUAUCAUCGUUCCAGGAAAUCACAUCUCAUGCGCUCGGCUCAAAUUAUAGCUUCCGGGAUGAUUUUGAUCAAGAGGAGGUUCUUCGUCUGGCCACCAGAGUUGUCAAUAGGAAUGAGAUGUUCUCCGACAACAUGGCUCGAUGGGGCCACGAGUAUGAAUUUGAGACCGAUGACUCGCAGGAAUUGGACGAUCUUAGAGUUGAUAUCUCCAUUGAUAAUCCCACAAAAGGCUCUUUGGCAACACGAAUGCUUGAGGAUAUAUCUGGGAUCGAGGACAUUCUUCCGCAGGCAGUCGAAGUUGCACAGCCCGUUCGCAAUGACAUACGCUCAUGGAUAGAACGUCAAUACCGAACUUCACGAGGAUUCGAGAUUGGAACCUUCAACUCUGCGCUUCUCCCAACGAUUAUGAAAAAGCAGUCAACAAAAUGGACACCCAUCGCGACUGGGUAUAUUGGUGAUAUUAUCACCAUGGUUCAUGGGUUUAUUCUCAGGGCUUUGAAUUUAGCCUGCGCUGACACCAGGGUAUGUCACAACCUGCUGUCGAGGAUCAUGGAUAAGCUUCUAGGGAAAUACCAGAACGCAAUCAACCAAGUCCAAUUUCUUCUGUUCAAUGAGUGCUCAAACACGCCAAUGACAUUGAAUCAUUAUCUGAAUGACACUCUAGAGAAAUGUCGACAGAAACGCACGAGCUCCGUGAUAGGGGAAAAGACGAUUAGCGGCUGUUCGCACGGAAAAGUUGUGCGAGUGGAGGAUCUGAGCCCCUCAAAAAAUAUGAGCAAUACCGCACAUACCGUACAAGAUCUUCAUGACAUUCUCCAGUCCUAUUAUAAAGUGGCUCGGAAGCGGUUUGUUGACAAUGUAUGUAUGCAGGCCGCAGGUUAUUAUUUGGUGAAUGGACCAGAAACCCCGAUGAGAUUGUUGUCUCCUUCCUUCGUCAACAGUCUCACUGAAGACGAGCUUGAGGAGAUUGCAGGAGAGGAAGCAUCGCUUCAGCGAAAACGACGUCAGUUAUUGAAAAAGAUCAAAGAUCUUCAGGUGGCAAAGAAAAUCCUGCUUUAA